AUAGAAGUCGUUUUCUUUAAAUCAUGCAAUUGUGAACAAAGAUCUGAAUCAUUAUUUUCUUUUGAACCAUCCCGUUCCUUCUUCUUUCUCCAAGCGACUAAUUAGGGUUUCCAGCCGUUGCUUCGCAACCUCUUUGGGGGGUAUUUUCCCCCUAGCACCGCGAACAAUUUCUAGUGUAUUUUUGUCSCCCAUUGACUCGACAGCGGGUGGAUAUUCUGUCAUUGCAAGAAGGAAGAAGCAGGCUCUGUCUUGUACUCCCGGGUGGCCCGGAUGCUCUUGCAUAGCUCUCAGAACUUCCCCGACUCCGUUAUCGUUCGUAAUCGUGACUUGGUUCUUUGUCUCCGUCGCCAGUCGGCCCAAUGCAUCACACCCAUAAGCUUGUAUCGCAGCAUCCUCUAAAUAUAUGGCCAUGUGGGUUAGCAGCGUACCUAUCCCACCUUCAGCUUCGACCAGUAAACGAUUGUCCCGAUGCAAACAUAUGUUUCUCAUGCACGCAAAGCUGGAAUCUUGAACGCUGUGGCUAUUAACGUGUCGUCGCAUGGUUGUCAAAACUAAACCGAUGCCACCUAAUGAUCCAAUAGGAAAACAAUGGGUAGCAUUCACGCGAGAAGAGUCACAGAUCAGAAUUUCGGAGGAGAAGAAGAAMGAUACAAGUGGGAAGGACCGUCGAGCACAGUGUGCCCGGAAUCGACUCCAGGGCAWACUUGCUCUGUUCCUUCCACCGAUCGAAAAUGCGUUGGGAUAGGCUUCCUUUGAAAGCCUACAGUCAUAGCAACCAAUCAAAUAUUUCUUUCCUUACCUUUUGCGGAUACUGCUCUUUGAAAAUCCAGGGACAUUCGAGUAAAGUUUUUCAGAAUUUCGCAGCACUGCACGGCAAUGUCCGCUUGGUGUUCGAAGGAAUUCAUGUUGGAUAUGAUUACGUCGAGCCCACCGGCCGAGAGCAUUAGCUCGUAGUUGUCCGUCGUUUUCAGCGAAUUGAGGAUUUUCAAACCGUACUUUUGGAUUUCGACGUUCUGCGGGCUUUGCAUCAUCGAUUGCAGAAUCGUUUUCAACCCGUCGUCUUUMAUGAACGCCUCAAUGUCGUUAUCGAGUUUUUCGUCGAGAAUGAUAGACAAGGUUGCACAGCCUUGUUCUUGCAGCAUUAUGUCGUGUGCGUAUUCCUUCAUCGCUAUCAAUAUUGUCGGAAUGCCCCAGCACUCGGAAAUUUGUUCCUUGUAGGAAUUGGCAAUGUAGUGCAGAGUGCAGCAUCCGUACAGCUGAACCUUGUUGUGCAUAACGUGGCGUUUCAUGGCACGAAUCACAACGGUGAUGGUGGGACCAAAGGAUUCCAAAAUUUCUUCUCCGCUGCCGUACGCCAGAUUGGAGAGGGUCCGGAGGGCGGUGGCUUGGAUCGACAGAUCGUUGGGAAAUUUUUUCAUUGCGGCAAGAACGUGGUUGAGAGCCCCGUCGCGGUACACGAAAAUYGGCUUGGCCGGGACGUUGCUGGCAAUGAUUGCCAGCACCUCGAGCGCACUGCAGAGAAACUUGGAGUUUUCCGUGUGCUCACCCAUGGACCUUAGAAUGACGCUGACCGAGGGUAUGAUUCUGGGAAUGGCAUCGGGGUUUUUGCUGAUCACGCGGCGAAUGGCGGCACACGCAGCUCUUUGAAUGGCAACGUUUUCUCUGUGGUCCUCCAUGGCUUUGAAAAGCCUGGCAACGCCCUUCUUGAAGGUGGGAUCCAGGAUCGAAAGCAAGUAGAGGACGCAGGUGCAUUCUUCGAUGAGUUCUUCGUUGGCGGGGUAGUGUCUCAUUCCGUCUACCACCRACGGYCCGACGAGACUCCCCAGGUCCGACACCUGCUGCUGCUGCUGCACUUUUUGCUGCAGGAGCGCCCUUAGCUUGCCCAUGUAUUCGAUUUGUUUGCUCGGGUCAUCCUUUCGUUGCUCGAUUUUCUGAAUGUAGACGGCGAUCUCCCUGUCCCCCCUCGUUCUUCCGAAACUCAUAGCAGUUCCCGCCCGUGGUGGCAUAUUGUUGCCUUGUGCGUCGCGAUUGGCGGCUUGCAACGUUAUGUCACUGUUGCGGCAACUACUGUCUCCGUCUCCGGCUGUCAUGAAAUACACAACAGGAACCAAC